AUGCGGACCUCCGGUGUGCUUUUCGCCGCGGCGGCGUUCGCGCUGGUGGCCCUGGCGGCAGCCCAGGGGACCAAGGGCACGACCCUGCGCGGCUUCAAGUUCUCCUCGGAUGUGUCGGAUUACCUGGGGAUCUCCCAGGACAUCUGCGACAUCCGCGCACUACUGAACAGCAGGACCCCUGCAUACAGCAAGGCCGAGUCCAUCUACAUGGAUGGCAAGAACGCCAAGGGCGGCCUGAGCAUGCGCCGCCUCGCCACCGGCCUCAACUACGACCAGCCCUUCUGGAGCCUCUACUCCAAGUACUUCAAGACUCCCCUGUUUGUGGACGACGUGCUGCAGCGCGCCUUCAGCGGCCUGGCGCCCUUCACCACUGACGUCGAGCGCGUGCAGCUGAUCGUCAAGUCGCUGGAGUCGAGCCUGCAGGUGGCGACCGUCAUGCACAAGCUCGAUGACGCCAUCUCGCUGCUCAAGAAGGGCCAGGGCGCGGCCGCCCUCAACGCCCUCGACGCCGCCUGGGCGAUCUACGUCGGCGGCGCCCCCAACUGCGGCCUGUGGACCGUCUCGCUCAAGCGCGCCAACGAGUUCGGCACCAAGGUCGACUGCGAGAAGAGCAAGGUGGCCGACAACAUCCUCAAGGCGUUCCUGAAGGCCCAGGCCGGCGUCGAGGCCAAGAACGCCACAGCCCUUGAGCAGGCGCGCGACACCGUCCGCGCCCAGCUGGCCGCCAACUACUUCCAGGCCAUCAUCACCUAUGCGCACGAGAUGUACCUCGACAACGCCGCCAACAUCUCCGCCGCCGAGCACCAGGUCGAGGCGUACGGCUUCUUCCGCACCGUGGCCCCCUGGAUCGCCCUUGCCAACACCACCGCCGCCCAGGCCCUGGACUACUGGCUGUUCCCCGGCCAGCCCACCAAGACCAAGGACAUCGACCUGAAGGCCGCUCGCGCCCUGAGCACCGCCUACGCCAAGCUUGGCGUGACCCCCGAGGACGUCGGCACCUACGGCACCAAGCAGCCCGAGCUCGGCUGCACCGCCUUUGUGCCCAGCGCGGCCGACAAGGGCGGGAUCCUGUCGACCACCGACGCCAAGGACAGCCUGCGCCCCACCUCGCCCGCGCCCGCGGCGGCCAAGGCGCCCGCCGCCAAGGCGCCCGCGGCCAAGUCGCCGGCGCCCAAGAGCGGCCACAAGCGCUUCUCCCUGUUCCUGUAA